AUGUCGCUCGAACAGUCCUGUCCGCCUAGGCCGUGCGGCGAAAGGGCGUGCGACGAACGGCCGUGCGACGAAAGGCCGUGCGACGAGAAAUCCGCCGACGCAAGGCCGUGCCCGCCGCCCGUUGCUGCAAGCCCGCUCUGCGCCGGCGUUUCUGCGCAACCCGCCGUCUCCGCCACGGCUGCCUGCUCUCCCCCUGCGCCCGUCGCGCAUCCGCCGCAAGCCUCCGCCACUUCGUCCCGCCCUGCGCCGUCGGAACUGACCCUCCCCCCGGCGGUCGUCGCUACUGCGCCGUUCGAGGCGUCUCGAGCGCCUGUUCCGCCGCCAAGCGGCGAGGCCCCGCAAACUCAGUCAGGGGGAACUAGCACCGUUCCCGCCGCGCCUGUUGCGGGCUCCACGUGGCAGCGGCUGGACGCAGUGUACCGCGUCGGCCGGCAGCUAGGUUCGGGGCGGUUCGGCGUGGUCAGGGAAGUUGAGAACCGCGCGACGGGCGAGCGGCUCGCCUGCAAGAGCAUCUCAAAGACCCGAAUCGCCGACCCGGAGGAAUGGGACGAGGUUCGGCAGGAAAUCUCGGCGAUGCAACGGUUAGCGGGGCAUCCGAACGUGGUUCAGCUGCGCGGAGUAUUGGAGGACGAGCGCGCCGUGCACGUGCUGAUGGAGUUAUGCGAGGGCGGGGAGCUGUUCGAUCAUCUGCAGCGCAGCCGCCGGUUGUCGGAGCGCGAAGCGGCGUUCGCGUUCCGCGACCUCGUGCUCGCCGUCGCGUUCUGCCACUCGCAGGGCGUCCUGCAUCGCGACUUGAAGCCCGAGAAUAUCUUGCUCGACACGUCGCCCGCUGCCGCCGCUGCCGCCGCCGCCGGCGCUGCGCGUGGUGGUGGUGGUGGCGGUGCGGGGCUGCCAGGAGGAAACGGGUUCGUUUCCAGCCCUGCUCCCGCCACCGCGCCCGGUUCGGCGGCUGCUGGCGGAAUUGGCAGUUCGGCACCAGGUUCGGCGCCAGGUUCGGCGACUGGUUCGGUUGGUGGACCGCCGGGUUCGUGGCAGCAGCAACGGCAGCAGCAGACCCAGGGGCAGCAACGCCAGAUGUUCUCGCUGCAACCGCAUCACCAGCAGCAGCAGCAGCGUCACCACCACCAGCAGCAGCAGCAGCAGCAGCAGCAGCAUCACCAGCAGCAGCAGCAGCAGCAGCAGCAGCAGCAGCAGCAGCAGCAGCAGCAGCAGCAGCAGCAGCAGCAGCAGCAGCAGCAGCAGCAGCAGCAGCAGCAGCAGCAGCAGCAGCAGCAGCAGCAGCAGCAGCAGCAGCAGCAGCAGCAGCAGCAGCAGCAGCAGCAGCAGCAGCAGCAGCAGCAGCAGCAGCAGCAGCAGCAGCAGCAGCAGCAGCAGCAGCAGCAGCAGCAGCAGCAGCAGCAGCAGCAGCAGCAGCAGCAGCCGCAGCAGCAGCCGCAGCAGCAGGCACAGUACAUGUCUCCUGGUAUGGUCAACGGUCGGUGGCAACAGCAACACAUGCAGCAGCAGCAGCAGCAGCACACGCCGCUACGACAACCACAAUUCAGGUCGUCGGCGCCGCAACCCGCGCUGGGUCAGCAGCAGCAGCAGCAGCAGUUUCAGGCGCGACAAGCGAGCAGGGAGCAGGAGCAAGGGGGCGAGGGCGGAGGAGGGCAGCUGGCGCAGGAGAAGCGCGCGCGCCUAUCGAGCCACGUGGGCGGAAUCCGCAGCAGCGAUGCGGUGAUGAGGGAUGCCGUCGCAGGUCACGCGCACGCGCCAUCCCCGUGCGCUGACACAAGGAGCGCGGAAGGGCAGAUGGCGCAAGGGCAGACGGCGCAAGGGCAACUGGCGCACGCGGAGAGGGCCGCGCGAGUUCCGGCUGCCCCGCCUCGCUCCCCAUCCCCCCUCCCGUCCUCUCCCCCUCUCCCUUCGGGGUGCCAAUCCCCCCUCGCGCUUCCUCUACCCGCGCUUCCGCCGUCCGUGUCCCCUGCGGCCAUCACUCUCUCUACAUUCACGCCACUGCCGCCCAUGGAGGAUCUCACUCUGCCGCCCGCCGCCGCGUCUGCCGCCGUGUCCGCCGCUGCCGCGUCUGCCGCCGCGUCCGGCGCUGGCGGCGGCGCGGAUGGUUUUGCUGCUGGGACGGGUGGUGGCGCGGCGUCUGCUGCAUGCGGCGCGGACGUGCGGACGCCAGUGAAGAGCUUCGACGCGCAUGCGAACGAGGCGGCGAGGAGCGUGCUGCCGUCGCCCAUCAAGGCGGACGACGCACCCGUUGUCGCCGCCACUGCUGCCGCUGCUGCCAGUGCUGCUGCUGCUGCUUCCGCUAGUGCUAUGGCGACCAGCCCGUGUGGGAAAGAGGCGGGCAUUGGCGUGGGAGUGGGAGUGGGAGUGGCAUCGGCGAUGGAUGUGGACGGGAGUGGUAAUGGCGCUGAUGCGGAUGGGGAUGGAGGCAGCAGCGAGGUGGUGCCAUCGGCAACGCGGUCGCUGAAUGUGGCGCAGGGAGCAGCGCUGCCGUCGCCCAUCAGGCCGUUGACCGCACAGCAACAGCAGCAGCAGCAGCAAGCGCAGAUGCUGCCGUCGCCGAUUAAACCGCUGGAUUUGUCUUCGAUGCUGUCUCCUUUGAAGCCCUUCAGUCCCAGCACUGCUGCUGCUGCUGCUGCUGCUGCUGCUGCUGCUGCUGCUGCUAAUUCUGCUCCUUCUGGGUGUGGUUCUAAAGGCGGUUCUGUUGGUGCCGGUGCUGGCGGUGCUGGCGUUUCUGGCGACGGCGUGAGUGGCAGCAGAAAGCUGUCGAGGCUGUUUGUUGCACGAGCCAUCUUCGCCCCCACUGCUCCUUCUGCACUCCCCUCUUCUGCUGCACCCUCUCUCGCCUCAAGCCGGUCCGCUGCUCCCGCUCCCCCGCCUUUCCUCGCGCCUGCUCCUAUCGCCGUUUCCGCCGCUGCUCUCUCUGCAGGCCCCUGUGCUGCUCCCCACUCCCUCGCGCCGCUUCCCUCCAAUGCUCCCGCCUCUGCCUCUGCUGCUGCCACUACCGCCGGUACCGCUACCGCUGCUGCUGCUGCUGCUGCUGCUGCUGCUGCGUCCGCCUUUCCAGUUGCGCCCCACCCCACGUCCCACCUGCCUGCCUUAUCCUCCAUCCCUGCCGCUCUGAACCUGCCCGCACUGCCACCCACUCCCCAGUCACCCCCUCCUCUCCCCCAUCCCGCCCCCCUCCCCCAUUUUCCUGCCCCUCACGCACAGCCUUCGCACACUCUCCCCGUCCCCCAGCCCUCUAUCCCCCAAGCGCCCACCCCCCACACAGCAGUUUUCACCCCCCCUUCUUCCCCCUCCCCUGGUGUCCGGUCCGCCCCCUUCUCUUUCACUCCCGUCCCCUCCUCCCCUCUCCCUUACAAGCCUCCGGCACACGCCCACACACCAUCCCACACCUACACCCUCCCCCGCAACCACCCUCACACUCACACCCUCCCUCACACCCCCCACCACCACCCGUCCUCCUACCCACCAGCCAGCCCCCCCUCCCACCCUCGACCCUACCCGCUCGCCUUCUCCUCCCCGUCCUCAGCCCCUUCCUCCCCCUGCCACGUCAUCUCCUCCUCCCCCUUCUCCCCCGCGCCCCCUCGCCCUGCCUGGAGGGUCAAGCUAGCGGACUUUGGCCUCUCAGUGCGGCUCAAGGCAGGGCAGAGCGUUUUGGGGCCUGCUGGGUCGCCCAUUUACAUGGCUCCCGAGGUUAUCUCUGGCUCGUAUGGUUUUCCUGCAGACGUGUGGUCGUUGGGGGUGAUUCUGUACUCGUUAUUGGCAGGCUACCCGCCGUUCUGGGGCCCGAAUACGGACGCUAUCUUUGCGUCGGUCAGGGCGUACUCCGAUGCUGCGAAUGCUGCCACUGCCGCUGCCACUGCCGCCGCCGCCGCUGCUGCUGCGGCGGCGGCGGCGGCGGCCGCUGGGGCUGCUGGUGGUGGGCUCAUGAGCCCUGCUCCGAGAGGAGCAGGCGUGCCAUACAACCCCACUCACACUCACAAUCCCAACCACAGCAACCACGGCAACCACGGCAGCCCGUUCACGCACGGGCGUGUCCUCGGCAGCCCAGCGCGCAGCCCCUGCCCCUGCCCCUCCCGCUGCCACGGCCGAGCAGCCCUCUCCGCUGCAACCGCCGCCGCUGCCCUCGCUGCCGCCACUGCAGCAGCAACAGCAGCAGCAGCAGCAGCAGCCAACAACCCAAGACCUGCCGCCUCCUCCUCCUCCGCCUCUGCCUCUGCCUCCACACCUGCAACCGCGUCCGCACCAGCACCUGCAUCUGCACCUCUCUCUUCCUCCUCCUCGUCGUCGUCGUCUCUGCUUGAUUUCUCCUCUGCGCCCUGGCCGAAUGUGUCUACAGAGGCCAAGUCGCUCGUGCGCUGCCUGCUCAACCCGUGCCCUGGUCGCCGCCCCACAGUGGACCGCAUUCUCACGCACCCCUGGCUGCUCUACCACACGCAGGGGGGGCGCAUCGUGAGACGCCUUGUCCGGCCCGGCACGCCUGUGGGCUCGCGCACUCCCGGUGCUGCUGCUGCUGCUGCUGCCGCUGCUGGUCCUGGUGGUGGUGGUGGUGGCUCAUGGUCGCUUCCGGCUUCGCCAGUCACGGUGUCUCUUGCUGCUCCUGCGCCCGUCGGUGCAACAACAGCGGCAGCAGCAGCAGCAUCUGCGGCGGCUGGUGCUAUGUGUGUGACAGGGGCGUUCUCACCUGCUCCCGCUCCUGGCGCUCCUCCUCCUCCUCCUCCUCCUUCUCACCUGCAAGGCUCCUCCCCAUGGCCUUCUCCCAGGAUCGCUCUUUUCCAGCAGGCGGGCGCGAGAGAUGCGGGGGAGCCUGCCUAUGCUGCUGUGGGGCAUGGUGGGAGUCAGCAGGGGGGGAACCAGCAGCAGCAUGGUGGGAAUAAUCAGGGUAGGAAGGUGCAGCAGGGCGGGAGCGAGCAUGGUGUGAAUCAGCAUGCGGGCAUGCAGGGGAGCUACUACCAGCACCAGCAGCAGCAGCAGCACCAGGGCCAGCUGAUGCAGAAGCA